ACUAGUAUCGAAAAUCAGGAUAAUUGCACAUAUCUUGCUACCAUCAAAACUGAGAUAGACGAACUAAUCACCGAUGCGCUCGGCGACGAUGAGUUGGAAGAGAAGCAGGAUAUUCCAAAAUUGGUAUCGAAACCACCACUUGACGCGUCGCCUACACUAUCACCGGCAAAGCUAUCCAUCCCGGUAAAGACUGAAAGACGUUCGCAGAGAAUACAAGUUAAACGUACUUCCGUAGCAAGCGCAUCGUCUACACUAUCACCUGCAAAAGUUAAAAUACGUGGUUCGCAGAGAAGACAAUGUAGUUCCGUAGUAAAGUGUUCAAAGAUAGUAGAUAAAAUCAAAGCCGAUUGUGAAAUUUUGGAGUUCUAUAAACGGCUAGUUUGUCACAGAUGCGAACCGCAGCAAAUAGCUCGUGAAAAUCCCGUCAUUGAGUACAAUACGCUUGUCGAGCUAAAUCGCCAUUAUCGUGAGGAGCACAGGACAAAACAAGCUACAAUCCGAUGUCCGGUGUGUAGUACCAAGUGUAGGACACGAACAGAUUUAUUAGUCCAUAAAGACAUGCAUAUCAAACCGGACAAACGCCGGUGUAUGAAAUGCUUGGAAGUACACCAAAAUUUGGACCAACAUAAGAAAACACGGCAUGACGAAAAGCAUCACAGCUGUACAAAAUGUGGCAAAGUAUACGGUUCCCAGAGUCAGCUUGCACUUCACAUGCAAAAUUUCCACAAAACUGAUCGUUUGAGUGCCAGAAAGGCAAAAGCUUCGGAGAGAAUGUCAACAGUGGACCACGAAAUUUUAGAAUUUUAUAAACGACUAGUGUGUGAAAGGUGCGACCCGCAGCGGGCAGAACCAUGGAUAGAGUACAACAACCUCUCGGAGUUGAAUCGCCACAGUCGUAGGGAACACAAGAAAAGACGCGCCCCAGUGAAAUGUCCUUUGUGUUCUAAUCAUUAUGCUGCACGAACAGAUUUAUUAAAGCACAAAGACGUGCAUCUUAAUCCGGACAAUCAUCGGUGUAAGGAAUGCCUGGAGGUGCACCAAAAUAUGGACGUACACGUGAAAACUAAGCAUAGCGAAAAGUUAUACAGCUGUACGGAAUGUGAUAACAAAUUCGCAUUCUUGGGUAAGCUCACACGACAUAUGCGAAUAAGGCACACCCCCCGCGACGUUAGGUGUGGCCAAUGCAACAGGCUAUUUAGCAAAUACACGAUAGAAACACACAAAAAAGCCGCACAUGGGGUUGGUUAUAUUUGCGAAUUUUGUCCCACCAGAUUCAAAUGUCGUUACAAGCUCCUGCGGCAUGUCGAGCAUCACAAGGGGACCAACUCCAAGCUACGACCGGUAGCGUGCUCAAAGUGCAACACUGUACUGAAAGAUAUAUACCAGCUUAAGGCUCAUAAUCGGUUAGUGCACGGUGAUCAGAGCCGGGUCAUCUGCAAAUCAUGUGGAAAAUCGUUCAAAAAAAUGAGCCUUUACAAGCACAUGAAGGAGAUUUGCACCGAGCCCAAUCUCGAGUGCAAGAUAUGUGGUAAACUGUUUAAACAGGUAAAAAACCUGCAGGAGCACCUGACGACGCAUACAGGGAUGCCGCUCUACGUUUGCAAUUUUUGCCCCGAGACGUUUAAAUUCCAAUCCCAUUUUUACACCCACCGGAAGACCGCGCAUCCAAAGGAAUGGCUCGAAAUUAGGGAGAAGAAAAAAGAAGGCAUACAACAUAAGAUUCAGCACCUACGAAAUGUUAUCCAUAAUCCCGACAUUGAGAUACACCUACCUUAAUAAAACUACCAAAAUGCCCAUAAAUCGAACGAUAAGAAAACUAAUUAUUGUUAGCGAUGGUGACAUUUUAUUAAAUUAUCU